GGGGUACUGAUGAGUCAUAAAGAUGAUAAGCACAUGCUACAUCCUUCAAUGGCUGGGACCUUGCUAAUUGACCCAGAAAAGAACAAGUAACACCAGAACAAAAUGGUUUCCUGCAAGUACCUAUCAUGAUGCAUAUCUCGCUAUAAAAUGGCGUUGCUCUAGCACUGAACAGGGGCACACUCAGAGAACCACACAGAGAGAAAAGGGGAUAGGAGAAGGAAGAAGGCAUGGAUCCCGAUCCCGCAAACCAGGCCAAAGCAAAUCUCAGCAUGAUGCACUCGAAGUUUAUCUGCUGCAAGCUCUACAUUUCUGAAAGCCGCAAUGCCAUGGCUAUUGACGCGAUUGAUCGCGCAGCAAGGAGCGACCCUCAGGUUGUGGUGAUAAGCAAGUUUGAGGAUUGUCUCUACAACCGUGUGCGAUAUACACUUGUCUCCUAUGUCGCCAACGACAGCUCAACUGGUGAAGUGAUAUAUAGCCCAAUCAGGAAGGUAUUGUUGGCAAUGAUUGAGGCUGCAUUUUCAACCAUAAAUCUUGAAUCCCAGUCGGGAGCGCAUCCAAGGAUUGGUGUCAUUGAUGACCUGUCCUUCCAUCCCUUGGGUCAAGCCACAAUGGAGGGUGCUGCUUGGCUGGCUAAGCUGGUGGCAUCUGAAAUUAGCAAUGAUUUACAAGUCCCAGUGUUCCUGUAUGCAGCAGCCCACCCAACAGGCAAGUCUGUUGGUGCAAUACGGCGUGAUCUCGGCUACUACCGGCCAAAUUACAAGGGCAACCAGUGGGCAGGUAGCAUUCUCCCUGAUGUUCUGCCAAUCAAGCCUGAUGAAGGUCCAACUCAUGUUUCGCAUGAAAGAGGUGCCACAACAAUUGGCGCUACACCUUGGAUUGAGAACUACAAUGUGCCGGUAUUGUGUAAGGAUGUUGCAACUGUGAGGAGGAUUACCCGUAGGGUGAGUGGACGGGGUGGAGGGCUUCCAACGGUGCAAGCUCUUGCACUAUUCCACGGUGAUGAUUGCACAGAGAUCGCAUGCUUGUUGGAUCCAGAUCAUGUCAGUGCCAAUCAAGUUCAGACCGUGGUGGAGCAGAUUGCAGCAGAGCAAGGACUUGAAGUUGAGAAGGGGUACUCCACUGACAUAACCAAAGAUAUGAUUCUCGAUAAGUACUUGAAGAUUGCUUGUGGCGCUGAUUGAUAUGCAUGUAAUAGAAUUUUAUGCUGCUCAUUGAAACCUGCAUGAAGAACCAAGUCUGUCUGAUACUAAUGAAGCACACAAGCUGGAAAAAAUUUAGCACAAGUUACAAAAAAUAUGCUAUAUAUUAACACUCCAUUGGUUCCUAAGUAGAGGUUCUUUUUCCUCGCAAAAAAAAUGUUUUUUAGA